AUGCACGCUCGUCUUCUCAACGUCAUUAUCAUGGCAUUGCCGUUCAUCGGCACCGUGUCUGCUGCAUAUGCUAAUGAUUGCCGUAGCGCCCCGGAGGGCUUCAGGAUAGCAACUGCCUUUCUGAUCAUAAGGAAUGCCCUCGGCUUUGCAUAG